ACUCAUAACUUUUAUUAAAUUCGGUUUUAUUUCUUUCUUCUUUCUUCUUGUUCAAGUGUGUAUUUUUUGUUUUUCAGACAAUGUCUCUUUCCUCGAUUGUCAUCAAGGUCAAGUAUGGGGAAACACUCCGUCGCAUAAGUCCAUCUGUUCAUGACAAGAAACACUAUCUCGACUUUUUUAUGCUCAAGGAAAAGAUCCGCAGUCUGCUCGGUUUUGGUCCUAAUGCUAUGUUUAAUAUGACUUAUGAGGAUGAAGAUGGUGACGUUGUCACACUUGCUAAUGAUGACGAUCUCCGUGACGUGAUGCAACAGUCUCUGGAUCCAUUGAGGAUUACUGUCAAGUUAACCUAUGGCAACAGCGGCAGCAACCCCCCUGGUGGAUCAUAUCCUGGACCCAUGAAAUUUCCACAUAACUCGUAUCACCCACCUCCACAAAAGCCGUUUCACCCACCACCACCACCACCACCAAAGCCGUUUCACGCACCACCACAAAAGCCGUUUCAGCAACCACCGCUAACCCCGUAUCAACAACCACCGCUUAACUCGUAUCAACAACAACAGCAACAACUCCAGCUUCAGCAACAACUGAUUCAAUGUCAACAACGACAACAACAGCUCCAGUCUCAACUUCUGGCCAUGAACCUUUCCCCUGUGCUGCUUGAGCCUCCACCUCCGCCUCCGUUUCAAACUAUGAGUGCUCCCCCGUUCAACCGCAUGAAUGAAGGAAGGGCAGACUCUUCUGCAAGUACAGACUCUUUCUAAGGCAUGAUUUCAUAUCAUGUGGUCUUUUAUUAGAUAACAACCUAUCUAUCUAUCUGGUAUUUUAUUAAAUAACCUAUCCGUCUGUCUAUCAACAUCUAUCUAUCCAUCUAUUAGUAGCUAGCACAUCUUAUAUUGUGCAAAUUAUGUUAUCUAGCAGCUUAAUGGAAGACGUUUUAGGAUGGAUCAUAUGAUUCAAAUCUACUGUACUUGAUUAUGGUUUAUUUGUUUCAUUAUGUUAUUAUCAUGUUAUGUUUUUAUAAAGUUUAAUGACUCUGUUUAUUAAAA